AUGCAGUGCAGUCUGCCAGUAAACAAACGACCCACUCAUGUUUCCGUCAGCUUUCAAGGAAACAAAACAGCAACCAAUCGACUCCAGAUCAUCUACCCAGGAACUCUCAUCAGAAACUUCACCGUCUGCUACUCCGUUCUACACAGCGGCUACAAGUCGACGUCGCAGCUCAUCCAGUCUCUAGAAAUGAACCAGAUACUUGGCGCCGAGCACUUCGUGGUGUACAACUACAGCAUCUCCCCGGCUGUUGACCAGAUUCUCCAGCGCUACCAGCAGGAUGGUCUGGUCACUGUUCUCCCAUGGCCUCUUCCAACAAAACAAAGCUGGUAUUACGGACAAAUGUCCGCUUUAAACGACUGUGUCUACAGAAACCGCAACAUCUCCAGAUUUGUCGUUGUGGUAGACACAGACGAAUUCGUGAUGCCAAAAAACCACUCCAACUGGAUGGAGAUGAUUGCCGCCACUUCGCCUCAAGAAUAUGACGUGUCCACAUUUGUACAUUCUCCAAAUCCGCCCAAAAAAGCCAGUGCCAAAACUGGCUGCUUUAUCGUUAGGUCAAGUUUCUUUUCCACUUCUUCCGAAACAAACUGGACCUCAUUUCCUCCUGAGUUCCCAUUCUCGAAGGAAGAAAAGAACAACACUAUAAAAUACAACAUUUUGGUUCUUCACCAGUUAUUGAGAUCUUCAGAAAUUUAUCGAGCGAAGGUCAAAUCCAAAUAUAUUGCACGACCAGAGCUCACACACACUUGUGGGAUUCAUUUCGUACACACAUUUACUUACUUCAUGAGAUGCAGCGUAGUCUCUCACAGUAUAGCACUGGUGCAUCACUACAGAAAACCAACAAUGAAAGGGGGUAUAAUGGAUACCACAAUGUUGAGAUUCAAGAGUCAGUUGUAUCCUCGCGUUUUGAAGAAGUAUAAACUAUUCCCCAAAAUAUUCUCUAGUGGUUGA